ACCUAUCAUUUCGACAAAUAUAUCCAGAAGAAAAAGGAGUACGAUGAAUAAUGGCUAAUUUUCAGGAUGUUUCUUACUACUUACAAAGAAUUCGCCAACCUUUAGCAGAUUACCAAGAACAAAAAGGAUUACCAAGAGAAGAAAUAUACAGUUUCCUGAGUUUGCUCACAACAUUAUGUCAGCAUUCUUACAACGCCUUUGUUGUAAUUUUCGCUAUGUUGUACAAUCUUUCACCAAUGAUGGAUUCUGUCCUGUGUAUUCUGCGAUUUCUACUAGACAGGAUGAUAGAAAUCAGCCAAACCUCAAAUUUACAUGAGAGGACUCACAAACUAGUGAUUUUUGUUGGUCAACUAUCUGUAUUGUCAGCAGUAGGUUUCAUGAUAUACACAUUAAUUAUUUAUCCAAUAGUCAACCUUAUUGGUGCUAUAGCUCUUUGUACUUGGGGUUGGAUCAAUCCACAUAUUGCUUGAAUAAAGUUUUGUUGG